UACAGUUCUCUGCCUGUUAGCACCGGGACCUCACUUAACUACAACCAAGAUGAAGGUUAUGCUCCUUGUUCUCCUUGGCCUGGCCGCCCUCGCCGCCGCCCGCCCCGAUGAGAUCCUCGACUUCGAGGGCGACGACGCCGAGCACGACCAGGAGGGCGAGCCGGGCAAGGCCGUCACCGGAGAGUACAAGUGGGAGAGCCCCGAGGGCAUCGAGUUCGUGGUGAAGUACAUCGCCGACGACAAGGGCUUCCGCGUGCUCGAGUCCAACGCCGUGCCCUCCGCCGGCGGCGUCCGCGCUGACGGCGAGCAGGCCGACCUCGACGGAGACUCCGAGGAAGAGGAAGAAGACGACAAGUAAAUCCGAUGAAGAUGAAGAUCGGGUUGCGCGGAUAUUCGUCUUGGACCUUAUUGCAUCAUCACAUUUAAUUUAAUUGAUCAUCUCGCAUUUCAUGUGAUUUCACGUCAGUGUAAAUAAAUUUUGACUACGAAAGGAA